AUGCCCACCGUCUGGCCACGACCACGAAUUGUUAUCUGUCGUUUGGCCACGACCGCGAAUUGGCAUGUCCACCCUCUAGCCACGACCGACAAUUGUUAUAUCUGGUGUCUGACCACGACCUCGAAUUGGUAUAUCUGGCGUCUGACCACGAACACGAAUUGGCAUUUCCGCCCUCUGGCCACGAACUCGAAUUGGUAUGUCUGUCGUUUGGACACGACUGCGAAUUGGCAUGUCCACCGACUGGCCACGACCACAAAUUGGCAUGUCCACCGUCUGGCCACCACCACGAAUUUGCAUGUCCACCGUCUGGCCACGACCACGAAUUGGCAUGUCUUCCAUCUGGCCACGACCGCGAAUUGGUAUGUCCACCGUUUGACCACGCCACGAAUUGGCAUGUCCACAUUCUGGCCACGACCACGAAUUGGCAUGUCUACCGUCUGGCCACGACCACGAAUUGGCAUGUCCACCGUCUGGACACGACCACGAAUUGGCAUGUCCACCGUCUGGCCACGACCACGAAUUGACAUGUCCACCGUCUGGCCACGACACGAAUUGGCAUGUCCACUGUCUGGCCACGACCACGAAUUGGCAUGUCCACCGUCUGGCCACGACCACGAUUUGGCAUGA